AUGGCUACUAGAGAUCCUCUAACCACUGAUGACAAACAAAUGGCUCGCGUUGCGGUGAAACCUGUCCCAUUUUGGCGUAGUGACCCCAACCUUUGGUUUUUUCAAUUAGAUGCACAAUUCAAGCUCGGGGGUACAACACGAGACGACACGAAAUUUUAUACUGCGAUUUCCGCCCUCGACACUGAGGUUCUUCAGUCAGUAUGUGAGAUUGUUCUGAAACACCCCUCGGAUAAUAAAUACGAGGAAUUGAAAAAUAAAUUAAUUUCAGUUUAUGAGGAGUCUGAAAAACACCCCAAACUAAAGCAGUUAUUACAAGAUUUGCAACUUGGUGAUAUGCGCCCAUCCCAGUUAUUGUCAAAAAUGCAGGAGCUUGCGGGUGACAAUUUUAAGUCCAAUGUUUUACAAUCAUUGUGUCUCAAUCGUCUCCCGAACAAUAUCCAAGCUAUUCUUGCCUCCAGUAACGAGAACUUACUCCAACUGGCCCAAAUGGCAGACAAAAUUCCUGAUGUUCUCCAACCACAAGCAAUCAGUCAAGUUCAGCAUCCCAGUGUUGAUAUUUGA